UCAAGGUUUUUGGCUAUGGAAUGGGAUAACUACGUCAUCACCUCCUACGUCCCAGUAUUCUUCUCUACUAAUAACAUCAUGCGAGCGUUUAAUCUGCGCCCGCAUGUGCCGCUCCCAAGCUCUCGGAGAGAAUCGAUUCCUUCAGUUUCACUUUGCAAAGUAAACUAAAACAUCAUCUCCACGAUCUACUGAAGUAAUGAUGAGGGUGUUGUUGCUAAUUGGUGUUAUUCUGUUUCCCCUGGCGCUCGGUAAUACUCACAAUUGUUAUUAUUCCGUGGAGUCUAAAUAUUUGACAUCCCCGAAAACAGAGGUGCCCUGUGAGUCGGACUGUGGAAGAGGCGAGGUUCCAUUGCCUGGCAAUGAAAAGAUGAUCAUGCGUGGAUGCCGUGAUAUGUUUUCCGAUUUGGUAGCUUCAUUCGAUACAGAAGGAUCCCUCACAUCAGCUCAGAAGAAGGCACUUGAGCAAUUGACACUCGAUAAAAUAACCUGGUGCAAGGGGAACCUGUGCAAUAGUGCACACACCGGUGUAUCAAAAUCUCUACUUUUACUAGUCAUUACCACAGUAGCAGCUAUGAUCACCACAAAUUAAUAUCAAUCAUCAUUCAAAAUUAAUUGUAAUAUACCGAUAAACUCGAUUAAAUUGUAUCAGUCGAUGAGCUACUAUUGGAAAGUUGGUUGCUACUUCUAGGUCGAUAAUGGUUAAAAAUAUUUGUAUGCCAAUCGGAUUUCUAAGUAUGCGCUUCUAAAAAUAAUUCAAGAUCUGGCUCCAUCUGUUCUCUACACGGCGCUUUCAUCAAUUGCCACUUGCUCAGUCGCAUUUUGGGUGUUAAUCAAGAUAUCGAGUGUAAUGAGAGGCACUAGAAUUAGGAUUUACUUCGGACGAUCAAUGGAAUUGAUAAUUUUUAUCGGUGUUGCUCUUCUUCCUUAUACCCUCGGACACACCGAUUGUUUUUCUAAUGUGGAAUUGAAGAAUGUUACUUCGACUAAAUUGCAGAUUGCGUGCUCGAGUGCGUGUGGAAAAGCUGAUGUUCACUUGCCCGAUGGCUCUCGGAUUAUUGUGCGAGGCUGCGGUGAACAUUUCACGAAUAUACCAGCAUUAUUAUUGCGAUCGGAUCUGAGAACACUAUCGGAGAGCGAGAGAACGGCUUUAUCUAGAAUGUCCUCUAGAGACUUACACCUGUGUAAGGAAGAUUUAUGCAAUGAAGCGCAUUUGAUCGUUUCAACAUUGUGGCUGGUGAUCAUAACUGUAAUUGCAGCUAUAAUUAGAAUCGAUUGCAACUGAACUGACGCCAGACCAAGUUUGUAAUUGUUGAUGGGCUACCGAAACAUAUUUUUCACGAGGAAUUUCUCUCGAGACUUCCAAACGAGUCGUAUUCACUCAAAAAAUCCAGUUAUGACCGGUAAUAAAUCGACUUAACGAUGAAAAACUGUAAAUAUCGAAAUAAUUAAGUCUAGAAGCAGCAACUAGUGAAACCUGAUAUGCUAUAACGAUUACGAUUCAUUUAUCAAUACUAACAACAUUGUAAAGAAAUAUCCAACGAUCGAAAAGUUUUCGCUGGGAAAGUUCGUCGGAUAUUUAAUAUAUUUUUUUUACUCAUGAUUUACUGAAGUCGAGAAAAAAUCGAAUGCAGCGUAAUUCUCGGGAAAAUCUGAUAAUUCAAUGACGAUUAUCCUCCGAAACAUAUUUUGAGAAGACUUGAUGUAUAUUAUAUAUUUUAUGUACCUCAAUAAAGUAUUAUUCUGAUAAUCA